UCCACAUCACUACCAACCAUGGACAACCCCUACUAUACCAUGAAUCCUAUGGGUUCCGGAUACUACCCUAAUGGACAACCCAUGAUCCCCUCGGAAGGCAUGCUGCCAGACGGAGUUAUGAUGCCGGAUGGUUACGUCCCAAGACUCUAUCAAAUACCGAGCAUCUCUCAAGAAAACCUAAACAGCUACUCCGAUAUUGAAGAUCCUAGCCGCACAUCAGUGUCGCAACAAGGAGGGUCGCGCGGUGGUAAAAGGCGAUCUGUCACAGGAGCAGAUCACGUCAAACACCGUAGAACGCGGAGUGGUUGCUUUACGUGCAGACAGCGCAGAGUCAAGUGUGACGAAGCUCAUCCCAUCUGCGAGAGUGAGUAUUUCGCAAUCUACUACAUGAAAAUGUACUCAUCAUAUUGCAGGNNAUGUCGCAAAGGCAAACGUGAAUGCCACUAUCCCGAACCUACCACAGGCUCAUCAACAAAGUCUUCGAAAGGCAACAAAAGCAAAGGCUCCGCUGGCGAAGCCUCAAACUCCUCGGGUGAAGACUACGACAACAACGAAGCCGACAGACUGCCUUCUAUCCCGGACGAUGAAGAGAUUGAAGAGGGCGCGUCAAGUUUGUGUUCCAAGGAGGAUCGCAAACUUUCUGAUGCAUCUUCCAAUUCGAGGGAUCAAAGUCCUCUGAUCAAGAGCCCUGCAACCACGGACAGCUCCAUCACAUCAACUCGACCCGCUACACGCCCGCAAGUUGUCCGCCAGAGUUCGAGAAAAUCACUCAAGUCCAAGCAACCACCGAAUAGCAAGUGGACGCAUUUGCCAAAAGAUGUCAAAUUCUACAUGACUUACCAUCGAGAGAAACUGACGCACCAACACUACGCCAUGAAGUACGACAGUGGAGAUUUCUUGAAGACAACAUUCUUGGAGAUAGCAUUGGGUUACGAGCCUCUUCUCUAUGCAAUCACCGCAUUCUCUGCCUAUCACCACACAUUGAUGAAGCCAAGCGGUAAACUCUCGAGCUUUCUAGGUUAUUACAACAAGUCGGUCUCGUUACUACGCCAGUCUCUGGAGAGGAGCCCGCGGCACACCGUAGCCACCCUACUCACCAUUCUGCAGCUGGCCACUUUUGAAGAGUUCCUAGGCGAUUGGGUCAACCUGAUGGGUCAUCAAAGGGCUGCUUACGAGAUCCUCACCGAGCUCUUCACACCACAAACCAUCAUGCAGAGCGAAACACACCGCAAGAUCAUCUCGUGGUACAUUCGAUUCGACCUGUUUGCGGGCUUCAUGCAUGGCUACGGAAUGGUUCUGUCCCGUGACUGGCAUGUGGCGUGCAUGGAGUUUUAUGUUCGACAGGCGAGAGACAAGCCUCGUGACCUGGGAUCUAUGUUUGAGGAGAAGUUUGCUCGGUCGAGACUGCUGGCUACCGACAUUUCUCUGCUUUUCGCGCGAGGCAAAACAGAAGGGCCGAGUCAAGAGCUCAUCAUGGAUAUGGGCAAACUGACCGCUCAACUGGAAAGCUAUGCUCAAGAGCUCGAAUCCGCCUUCAAGGAUACACGGACAUAUGUCAAGGAGUUCCCCAAUGCGCCAAAGGGAGAGUGGGAUGACGUGGUCGGCUCGACAGAUCCCGAAUUCCUAUGGGCAGGAGACCUGUUCACAUGGAAUUUCAUCCUAAUCGACUUCUGGGCCAUCCAUCUGCUCUUCAAGUCGCAGAUUGCGCAAUUCGACCCCACGGUGGGCGGAGAAGAGGUUGUAGCCAUGGCUUUCAAGGUGUGCAAGAUGUUCGAGGCGCUACAGUAUUGUGGCGAGGACUCGACAGCCAUGAUUCUUGGCGCACAGGCAAGUCUGGGUAUGGCUGCAGCAUGCAUGCCCAGNGAUCAACGGCACACCAUGUGGUGCCGCAACAAGUACGCUCAAAUCGAGCAAUGUNNGGUGGGUGUCGCACAAUAUCUGACCAAGCAUAGUUACAUCUAUCCUGCCGCGCUGAGACAACGUAUGACUGGCGUCUGGGGCGUCGACGUGAUGCGUUGGUGGCUUCCCAACGACGAAGGCUACUACCCCAUCCUCCAAGCCGUUCGCGAGUUCAUCGACUACCGCGCAAGGGUGCCGCAGGACACUGUGCAGUCGGAUUUGCGCGACAUGAAGGGUCUCUUCAAAGCACUGCAGCUGGACGAUACCGACUCCAAGAAGAGUGCGGGCAGUGCAGGGGGCACAGAUUCAUCGGAUCCGUUCGACUUUGAACCUGCUGAACAUAUGCCGUGGGAAAGCAGUCCGGAGAUGAGCUGGCCCUGA